AUGGAAGGGAAGGCUGCCGAGGCGCGUCGAUGUCGCGGCUGCGCCCACUCGCGGGAGCCUAGGCGCGCUCGCCGCAGCCUGCUCGCCAACUCUGUGCUGCUCCGUCUCAUCACCCUCGACCGCCGCUUCGACGACGUAAACGCCGCGGGCGGCGACUAUGCCGCUACCACAACUCUAUCCUCAGCGCGCUGGGCUUCGGCUACGCAGACGCCAAGGCCGCCGAGGCGCAGGGACGUCGGGACGGACUCGGAGCGGGGCGGGAGCGGCGCACACGAACUGUUGCGGACCGGCGCGAUUUUGUCCGAACGAGUCUUAAUUGGAAUUGGAUUGGAAAAAUCAAAUCAAAUCCAAGGAGAAGUUCCUGAUCCGCCGAGCAAAGUACAAACCUCACCUGAUAAGGAGUCUUUUGACAAAGCCCUCACAAAGGAGUUCGUUGAAGAAGGUAAGCGUUGUGGAAUCAAAAGCAAAAGAAGCUGGAAGGGUCUUGAUUCAUAUGAAGGACAGGAAGCAAAUAAGAGGAACAACAACUGGCUACCACCUCCCUGGGCGCUCGAUGCAUUGACUAUCCUCGGAUUCAAUGAAUUUAUGACAUUGCUGAGGAAUCCCCUGUACCUGGCUGUUAUAUUUGUUGUCUUCCUUGUUGGGAAGGCCAUUUGGGUACAGUUAGACGUUGCCACUGAAUUCCAAAAUGGCUUUCUUCCAGCCAUUCUUUCACUGUCCACAAAGUUUGUUCCCGCUAUAAUGAACAUUUUGAAGAGAUUAGCAGACGAGGGGCAAGGAUCUGCAGGAGCUCGUUCAUCAUAUAGAAGUGUGACAUCUGCAGGAUCGUCCAGCAUAAUUGGCACAGAGAAUGGACCUGAAUAUUCAAGCCAGUGGCAAAAUGAUUUCUUACAUCUGUGCUUUUUGGGUGAAUAUCUAUCGUAG